GCUGGAGACAAAAUGGCGUCCGGACGGUGCCGGAGCUGAGGCCGUUCCGCUCCUUUCUGAGCCGGGGCCGCGGGUGGAGGAAGACGAAGAGGAGGUUGUUGGUGGCUUCGGAGGGCUCAUGUAAUCAGGGGAGUUCCUCUGUCCCGUGUGUCUGCUCAGAACACAACCGGAGUUCAAAAUGAAUCAGAACACAACUGAGCCUCCUGCUGUAGUGGAGACCUUGGCUGAUGUACCUGAGCACGUGCUUCGGGGGCUACCUGAGGAUGUCAGGCUCUUCCCAUCUGCUGUUGACAAGACAAGGCUUGGUGUUUGGGCAACAAAGUCAAUUUUAAAAGGGAAGAAAUUUGGGCCUUUUGUUGGCGACAAGAAAAAAAGAUCUCAAGUUAAGAGCAAUGUAUACAUGUGGGAGGUGUAUUACCCAAACCUGGGGUGGAUGUGUGUUGAUGCAACUGAUCCAAAGAAAGGGAACUGGCUGCGCUAUAUAAACUGGGCACGGUCAGGAAAGGAGCAAAACCUGUUUCCUCUGGAGAUCAACAGGACCAUAUACUACAAAAGUUUAAAGCCAAUCGCGCCCGGCGAGGAGCUGUUGGUCUGGUACAAUGGGGAGGACGACCCGGAGAUAGCCGCUGCUAUUGAGGAAGAACGAGCCAGCGCCCGGAGCCGGCGGCACUCCCCGAAGGCCAAGAAAGGAAAGAAAAAGACUCAGGAAAGUAAAAACAAGGGGAGGAAAGCAACAGAUACAAAGCAGAAGAAGACUGAUUUGGAUUCUUCGGCAGAUAUGAGGGAUUCUAAAGAGGGUCAUAAAGAAGAUGAAAAACCUUCUGUUUCUGCUGUACUGUCUCUGGAACAAACAGCUGUGAUUCAGGAGAUGGUAAAUCAAGAUGUACUUCCAAAGCUGAUGAUUCCCAGUCCUGCCAGUGAACUGCAAAUAGUGACCGAAGAGAAACAAGAAGAAGCAAUAAACUGUGCAUCAGAUGAUUUAGAUGAGGAUGAAGAAGAGGAUGAAGAAGAGGAAGAAGAGGAGAUUGAAGAUACCAGUAUGCCUAAAGAAAAUGCUGAAAUGCCUUUGAUAUGUGAAGAAAAGUUAGACUCUAUGGAAGAUCAAAAGAGUACAUCAGAGGAAUCUCCAGAAAGCUCUCCAAAGAAACUUGUGGUGAAAAUUCCAAAAGCAAGAGGUGAAUCAAAUGGUGAUGUUCAGGAAUCAUUCAUGUUUCCUUGCCAGCAUUGUGAGAGGAAGUUUACAACAAAGCAAGGACUUGAACGCCAUAUGCACAUUCAUAUAUCUACUGUUAACCAUGCUUUCAAAUGCCGAUACUGUGGGAAAGCCUUUGGUACUCAAAUUAACAGGCGAAGGCAUGAACGGCGCCAUGAGUCAGGGCCAAAAAGGAAACCUUUCUUAACACUAACAUCAUCACAGCACUUGGAUAAUGUUGCUGAUAACCAGGUAAUUGUGAAUGAUGGUCUUAAAGACGACUUGAACGUUUCCAGUCUUGUACAAGACACUGUUGUCUUGGAUUCUGAGAAAGUCUCCCAAGAAAUGUCACACUCUGCUUUCGCUGAGGAAAAUAAGGAGCCCAAAGAAUUGCAUCCGUGCAAAUACUGCAAAAAGGUUUUUGGAACUCACACCAACAUGCGGAGACAUCAGCGCAGGGUUCACGAGCGUCAUCUUAUUCCUAAAGGGGUCAGAAGAAAAGGAUACUUUCAUGAAGAGCCACCACUUCAAACUGAGCAGGCCCCACCAGUGCAGAGUGUAUAUAUAGCAAGUACUGAAAUAGAAGAGGAAGGUGAAAUAGAUGAUGUCUACAUCAUGGAUAUUUCCAGCAAUAUUUCUGAAAACUUGAAUUAUUACAUUGAUGGUAAAAUUCAGUCCAACAGCAGCACUAGCAAUUGUGAUGUGAUUCAGAUGGAGGCCAACUCUGCAGACUUGUAUGGACUAAAUUGUAUCAUCAGUCCGGUCACAGUGGAGAUUUCCUCAAAUAUAAAGAUUACGCAGACACAGGUGAAUGAACCUCCUAAGGAGCCCUCUGGCAGUGGGAGCAAUGAAUCCAAAAAGAGGAGAACUGCCAGCCCUCCUCUUGUACCAAAAAUAAAAACUGAAAUAGAACCAGAACCUAUAACUCCUACCAGUUCUUUAAAUCUUCCUCUUAGCAUUUCAACAGAGAGCUUACCUUUUCAUAAAGACAAAAGCGUUUAUUUGUCAUCAAAAUUAAAGCAGCUUCUUCAGACGCAGGACAGUAAGAAGAUAACUCCAUCAAGUGAAAUCCCUAAACUAGGACCUUCUGUUGCAUCAUCAUCUAUUUUGCCUCCGGUACCCAGUAGAUUUAAAAGAAGGACCAGCUCUCCUCCCAGUUCUCCACAGCACAGUCCAGUACUUCGAGAUUUUGUCAAAUCAGGUGAGGGAAAAACUGUGUGGAAUGAUAAUCUUCGAAGUUCAAAAAUGCCAAAGUUAGAAAGCCACAGCAACUCACCUGCUUGGAGCCUAACUGGAAGAGAGGAGGGAGAGACUGCGAGCCCUCUUUGCUUCGAAGACUUCAAAACAUCAAAAGACUGGACAGUGGCUCCAACCUUUGGCAGUGUAUGCAACCAGCAGCCCCUGGAUUUGUCUAGUGGUGUAAAACAAAGGUCUGAUAUCAAAAAUAAGCAUCAGGUUCCUUGGGAAUCUGUAUUAGAUUUAAGUGUGCACAAGAAGCCUUGCGCUGAUGCCGAAAUUCGGGAAUACAAAGAAAAUUCCAUUCAACCAACCUGUAGUAGUGUUAAAAAGAAGAAACCAACCACUUGCAUGUUGCAGAAAGUUCUGCUGAAUGAGUAUAAUGGCAUGGAUGCAGCCACAGACAGCACACCCAGUGUGAACAGAAGCCCGAGCCCAAGCAAAUCCCUGGAGUCUCAGGCAGAACCAGACACAGACCCCAGUCUGUCUGCAUUGUCUUCUGUUGACACUCAGCCCCUUAGUUCCUCUGUUUCCCUUGUGCCACGUGCAUCUGUUGUACCUUCCAUGUGUCAGCUGCCUCCUUUGUUAACACCAACUAAUCCUCCUUCCCCACCACCCUGCCCACCUGUACUAACAGUUGCUACAUCACCUCCUCCCCUUCUUCCAACAAUGCCUUUAUCAAUUCCAGAUGUCUCUGCUAGUGCCACUAACACUUCCUCUUGUCCAUCGCCACUUUCAAACACUACUACCCAGUCUCCACUACCAGUUCUUUCACCUACAGUUUCUCCUUCUCCAUCUCCUGUUCCUUCAGUUGAACCACUCAUAUCUGCUGCUUCACCUGGUCCUCCUACUCUGUCUUCCUCCUCUUCUUCCUCUUCCUCCUCCUCCUCUUCCUCCUUCUCUUCCUCCUCCUCCUCCUCAUCUCCAUCUCCCCCUCCCCUUUCAGUGGUUUCUUCCGUUGUUUCUUCUGCUGAUAACCUUGAAAAUACUCUUCCAGUAAUAAAACAGGAGGAAACUGAAAAUGAGCCGAAGGCCAGAGAAGAUCCUCGUGCUGCAAGUGAAUCGGGAGUAAUGCAGGAAACAUUCAAUAAAAGCUUUGUGUGCAAUGUCUGUGAAUCACCUUUUCUUUCCAUUAAAGACCUAACUAAGCAUUUAUCCGUCCAUGCUGAAGAAUGGCCCUUCAAAUGUGAAUUCUGUGUACAGCUUUUUAGGGAUAAAACAGGCUUGUCAGAGCAUCGCUUUCUGCUUCACGGAGUAGGAAAUAUCUUUGCUUGCUCAGUCUGUAAAAAGGAAUUUGCUUUUUUGUGCAAUUUGCAACAGCAUCAGCGAGAUCUCCAUCCAGACAAAGUGUGCACACAUCAUGAGUUCGAAAGCGGGACUUUGAGACCCCAGAAUUUUACUGACCCCAGUAAGGCCAACGUAGAGCACAUGCAGAGCCUGUCGGAAGACUCUCUAGAACUUUCUAAAGAGGAGGAAGAAGAUGAAGAUCUAAAUGAUUCCUCUGAAGAGCUUUAUACUACUAUAAAAAUAAUGGCUUCUGGGGUAAAAUCUAAAGAUCCGGAUGUUCGUAUGGGCCUCAAUCAACACUACCCAAGCUUUAAACCACCUCCAUUUCAGUAUCACCAUCGAAAUCCUAUGGGUAUUGGCGUUACUGCAACAAACUUCACUACCCACAAUAUCCCACAGACUUUCACUACUGCCAUCCGAUGCACAAAGUGUGGGAAAAGUGUCGAUAACAUGCCUGAGUUACACAAACACAUACUGGCCUGUGCAUCUGCCAGUGACAAGAAGCGAUACACACCCAAAAAAAAUCCAGUACCACUGAAACAGACAGUGCAGCCAAAGAAUGGCAUGGUUGUCAUCACUGGUCCUGGAAAGAAUGCCUUCAGACGAAUGGGUCAGCCAAAAAGACUUAAUUUCAACGUUGAGAUUAGCAAAAUGUCUUCGAAUAAACUCAAAAUAAAUGCAUUGAAAAAGAAAAACCAGCUCGUCCAGAAAGCGAUCCUGCAAAAGAAGAAAUCUGCCCAGCAGAAGGCAGAAUUGAAAAAUAGUCUUUCUGAUUCAGACUCUCACAUCUGCCCCUACUGUAAUAGAGAGUUUACUUACAUUGGAAGCUUGAACAAGCAUGCGUCGUAUAGCUGUCCCAAAAAGCCCAUCUCCCCCUCCUCCAAAAAAAAAUCAUCCAAAAAAGGUGCAAGUUCAUCACCUGCAAGCAGCGAAAAAGGCAGCAACCAGCGCAGACGAACAGCAGAUGCAGAAAUCAAAAUGCAAGGCAUGCAGCCUCACUUGGGCAAGACGAGAGCGCGAACCUCAGGACCUGCACAAAUCCAGCUGCCCUCUGCGUCCUUCAGAUCAAAACAGAACAUUAAGUUUGUACCUCCCAUUCGAUCCAAAAAGCCAAAUCCGUCUUCGUCAUUGAGGAACUCUAGUCCUGUGAGAGUGUCCAAAAUGACUCAUGUCGAUGGGAAAAAGACCAAGGUGGUAGGUAAAAACACUUCCUCUGGCAUCUCAAGCAAAGCCACCCGGAAAUUGCAUGUCAGAAUACAAAGGAGUAAUAAGGCUGUUUUGCCGAGUAGGUCUGCUGUGGCAAGUAAGAAAAAGGCAGACAGAUUCACUGUAAAAUCUAGAGAGAGGAUUGGAGGACCUAUUACACGAAGCUUACAGCAGGCGGCAAAUGCCGAGGCAGCAGAAAACAAAAAAGAUGAAAGCAGUACAAAGCAAGAAUUAAAAGAUUUCAGUUACAGACUCCGCACGGCCUCUAGAUGUCCCUCCUCCUCUUCUCCUAACACCAGCGCCAGGCAAUGCAAGAAAUCCAGCUGCACUGCAUCCCCCUUCUUCAAGGAAUAGACCUCUGCGUGCUGGAGCGGAGCAGGUACCUGGAGCUUUUGGCUGGAAAAGGGGAGAGGAAUUAAUCCUCCAGCAUUGUCCCAGCUGAGGUGAGAGCAGUUCCUCAGCAGACAGCAGGACUGCAGUUCCUUCUGCUGUUGCUUUGUUCUCCCAUCCAGAGGGAGAGGGACAGAGUGUGCUGGGAUAGCAUGGAGGAAUGGAAGGAACCAACAUCUGGAAUAGCAUGGAGAAACAUUCAGACAAUGGCAGGCACCUGUGUUCAGAGAGCCACAGGGCUGGGUGAGCAUCCUCUUCCUGGCCAAACUUGGAGGGAUUUAACAUACUAUGCAAUUAAAUGC